CGGAUGGCAGGGCGGCGCCCCCUGGCGGGCGUGGAGCGCGGCGCGGCCCCGCUGAGCGCUGCCCGCAGACAAGCCGAGAGGCGUUGGCCAGAGGAGGGUGGAAGGUGCUGGAGCGAGGCCCCGAGUGGUGCACGAGUAUCCUAGGGCCGGCCCCGGCACAGGCUCACCACAUGUCAGCCCAGGGCAGGUGCUGGCCCAGCGCUCCCAGCCUGACGCGCAGACCAGCUCCUGUCCGCAGGCCCCUGGCGCUGACCCUGCAGCGGUGUUGGAGGACAGCGAGAGCAACACGGGGCUCCCCUACCUGAGCUGGGCUCAGUGCUGGUGGUACCCCAGCGAGUGUACCAGCCCUCCAUGCAGCCGCCCCAGAAGAUGGAAGAGAAACCACUGGGUGACCUCCUUGAAGUGGAGAACCUUCCCGGUUCCAGGGAGGAGAGGCUUGAAGGUGAUUUGAAGACCUUCUGGACACAGUUGGGAGGUAGAAGAGUGGAUGUCAUAUUUGAGCAGGUGCAAAAUGUGCUGCUGUUACUAAAGGAAAAGAUCAAAAAUGGAACUGCCACAAAUGAAGAAUACUGGCAGGCUUGGGCACUGGUGAAUGAAGCUAAUGUAGGUGAUCUCUUAACCUUGACAAAUGGUAUGUGCGUCUCGAUUGUAUUUAUUUGGUGUGUGGAUUUAAUUUGUCUUGUUUUACUCACCAGGAGCUUAUUUCCCUUCGUUGAAAUCAAUAAAAUAAUUCUGAGAAGCCUGUUAGCAUUACAAGGGAAAAAACAUAAUUAUUAUGAAGAGGGCUUGAAACUUGACAUGUGGAUUGAUGAAGUUCUUGCUUGCAUGGAAAUUUUUGCAGUAAGUGAUGUGUUUGAUGGAGAUGGCAUACAGGAAACCAAACCCAAGCUGCAGCCUCUUCUUACAGAUGACAACACUGCAAAGUCUGUAAAAGGUUCUCGAAGCAGAAAUAAGGAGAUGGAAAAAACAGGUUCAGGGAGUAAAGAAGCAUCUAGUAAAAUUCAAGAUUUACCUUCAAACCUGCAGUAUCAGAACCACAAGUGCUCUAGUGCGUGUCUUGCCAACAGAGCAGCAGGCUCCUACAAGGGUGAAAAUCCUCUUAAGAUACCGAUCCUGUUUCACUUCCAAAGACGCCAUGCAAAAGCAGACUGCCUUUCCAAAUCACUGGAUGUGAAUUACAAAGCUCCUUGCGGUCGGAGUCUGAGAAGCUUUCAAGAUGUACAAAAUUAUUUGUUUGAAACUGAGUGCAAUUUCUUAUUUGUUGAUUACUUCUCCUUCAACACAUAUGUACUGUUGGGCAGGAACACUGUAAAUCCUGAACCCCUUGUGUUUGAUUUUGAUAUUAGCAAUGGAGCCGAGUCUGUGCCCGUUUCCUUCUGCAAUGAUAUUGACCGUGCAAGAUUACCUUAUUUCAAAUAUCGGAGGGCAUCAUGGCCACGAGGAUAUUAUUUCAACAACUUCUCCAGCAUGUUUGUUGAUUCAUGUGACUGCACAGAUGGCUGCAUUGAUAGGUCAAAAUGUGCAUGCCUGCAGCUAACUGCAAGAGGCUGUAGUAAAACUUCUCUAUCUCCAGGUGCUAAAACAUCCUGUGGAUACAGUUACAAAAGGCUAGAGCGACCUGUUCCUAGCGGAAUUUAUGAGUGUAGUGUGUCGUGCAGGUGUGACAAGAUGAUGUGUCAGAACAGAGUUGUACAGCAUGGCAUUCAAGUCAGGUUGCAAGUGUUCAACACGGAGAAGAAAGGCUGGGGCGUCCGCUGCCUAGAUGAUAUUGACAAGGGGACUUUUGUUUGUACUUACUCAGGCAGAUUAAUGAGCAGAGCUGAAGUUCAAGUACUGGGAGGUGGUGGUCAAGAGCUGAAAGAAAAGAAUGGUCUGAAUAACAGAGUCCAUGGCUUUUUUUCCAAAAAAAGAAAACUCGACACUGAUUGUUCAGACUCUGUGAUUGAACUAGUGCAGACUGGCAAAAAUGACAUUCCUGAGAAGCAAGAAUCUUUGUCUCAGACUGUGGAUAAUGAAAAUAAAUCAACCCUGGUUCAUCCAUGGAAUUUAAGCAUUGACACUGCGAGAAAGUCUGGAACUAGAACAGUUAUUUUUCAUAAUCACCAGCAAAAAAUGGUAGAAAUUGAUACAAUGGUGCACAGUGCCAGCUCAGAGGAAGAUAAUAGUUCUCAGAUUCAUCAGUCAAGCAAAACAAAACUAACCAGUGGAACAAAGAAAGGAAAAGAAAAAUCCACUCAACAGCAAAAGGAAGCACAUCCGAUGGAAACUGGACAGACUGAGUCUGCUGAUGUGGACAGUGCAGAAUGCAAAAGAAAGAGCGUGUCUCUGCAGGGUGCUGAUUGUGGCAAGUCAGGUGUGCUGGAUGACAUGUGUGUUGUGAGGCCAUCCAAAAACAUACCACUAAAGGCUGACUGCAAAAAGGAGAAUCACAGGCAGUCAGAAGACCCAUUUUGUGAGGAAGCUGAUGGUGACAGGAUGCUUCUGAAGAAUGCUAAUGAAGGAAAUAUUUAUGUACUGGAUGCCACAAAAGAAGGAAAUGUGGGUCGUUUUCUUAACCACAGCUGCUGCCCCAAUCUCUUUGCACAGUGUGUUUUUGUAGAGACUCACAACAGAAGUUUCCCAUGGGUGGCGUUCUUCACAAACAGGCAUGUGAAAGCCGGAACUGAACUCACUUGGGAUUAUGGUUAUGAAGCUGGAAGCAUGCCAGAGACCGAGAUUUCCUGUCAGUGUGGAGUUCAGAAGUGCAGGAAAAAAACCGGACGUGCAAAAACCAACGGGGACGAUGGGAGGAUGCAGGAUCUCCUCUUCCCCGCGGGAGAAAUUCCUCGGGACAUGGCUGCCCGGCGCCGGCCAUCGAGAUCGGCGGGCGCGGGUCUCGAACCCGCGAUCCCGGGAGCCGGCACUCCCAAAGGCGCGGGGGAUGGGCCGGGCACCCCUCCCUCGCUCACCCUUGGAGCGGCUGCGCGCCUCUACCGCCCCUCCCCGCCUCAGCCAAUCAGCGCCGGGGGGGGGGCAGCACGCGGAGCCGCGCUCCCGCUGCGCAUGCUCGGCGCCGCGGUUGGGCAGGCCCACUUCCGCGCGCGGGAGCGGCGGGGGGAAGCGGCGGGGCGCGGAAGUGCCAGUGCGUGCGGGCCGGGCGGCGAGCGAGCUGCGGUGCGUGGUGCCCGCCGCCCCGCGGUGAGUCACGCUGCGGGGGUGGGAGAGCGGGGACUGGGGAACACGGCUGCCGGCGCCCCCUCGUGGUGCUAUAGUGUUACCUGUCACUUCGAGACCGAGGCACAGCCCUGUUACACUGUGGCUGAUCGUGUCUCACUCAUAACAACCGAGACACGGAGGUUGUGGUGUGAGUGGGGGGUGUCGGGGGGUUAUGGUGGGCACUCGAGAGGUGCCUACAGCGGUUAUGGUGAAGACCACCAACCCCCCCUGGUUAUGGUGAGACUAUAUGGAAGUGGCUCAGUGACUGGAAUGACCAGACGUCUCCAGCAAAGGGCAGGUUGGAGUAUCACACCUUGUAGGAGUGGGAAGUUGUUGAAGAUUUCUGCAGUGGUCUUGCACGGAAACCACAGUUUUCCUGCUCCAGGUGUUUUGUGGAUAAUGGCGAAGAUGGUGAGAAGAACGUGUGCGUUUUGCUCAGAUGGGGAGGCUGGUUCUGUGAUGUAUAUUGCCAAAGAGCGAAAUAUUGCAGCUCAUCAGGAUUGUCUGUUAUUUUCUUCAGGAUUUGUGGAAUCUGAAGAGUAUAACCCAGAUAACCUGGAUAUAAGGUUUGAUGUGGCAUCAGUGUUGAAAGAACUCAAGAGAGGAAAGCGGCUGGUGUGCAACUUCUGUCGCAAGAAAGGAGCCACUGUGGGCUGCGAGGAAAGGGCCUGUCGCAGAAGUUACCACUACUUCUGUGCGCUCUGUGACGAUGCAGCCAUAGAAACGGAUGAAGUAAAUGGAGUCUACCGAGUGUUCUGCCCAAAACAUGACCCAGGCAAUAGGACCAAUCACUAUGAUACAGCUAAUAAGAGGAGAAGACAUACGUUGAAAUCUUCCACCAUCACAGAACAAAUGGUAAUCACAGAACAAAUGAGCACACAAGAGACAGCAGAAGAAAACAGUUUACGAAUACUAAAAAGAAAAAACAACAGGCAUAAAGGUGUGACUCGCUUUAGAGAACAACUGGGAGAUAGUGUGAUGGGUUGUGUUGAAGCUCAGAGCUUGGAGCCGGUUGAUAGCAGCUAUGCUGCAAAUGUAUCUCCAUUGCAUGCUGGGAUUAUGCUGCUGCUUGGGAGGCAUUAUCCACAGGUGCGAAUAGACUUUCUUAGGAAAUGCAAGCAAGCUGGGCUCCUGGAUGACAUAUUUGAAGAAAUGCUGGACACACUUCACCUGGCACAGGAAAAACUGAUGGAUGACAACACUUCAGAAACGGAGUACGAAGAGACAGUAAUGUCACUCUUUGACUGUGGACUGUUUGAAAAUAUACUGACGAAUAUUCAUUCAGGAACAGAGGAAAAAAUCCAGGAACUUCUGGAAAGCAGAAAAAAGCUGGAUACUAAGAUUGAGCUACUGCAGGACUUGAAAGAAGUCGUCCUUCCUACCCAAGAGAACGCUGCGAGUACAUCUAGUACAAUGUCUGAAUAACCCCCAAGUCUGUCUGUAGUGGUGUCAAUAUUUAGGAUUUUCUAAUGGUAGAAACCAUAGAGCCUGUCUGGUCAAUGUCUCAGUAAUUCCCUCCCCCUCUCACCCCCUACCCCAAGAUAGGGAUACAGGCAAGAAGUGGGUGUUUUACUCAUUUUUAUACCUCACUGUUGCAAUAAUUUUAAGUUGUCCCUUUCUUUACAUUUUUACACACCAAAUGUAGCUUUUUCUCAAGCUCAAUGAAACCCUCCAAUGAAGACUUUUUUUCUCUCAGACAAGGGACCACCAGCUGCCACAGAAGACUUGCUAAAGUCAUUUCAGCUGUGGGAGCCCUCUUCUGACUGUGCUGUAGCUGCUUCACUGUCUGCAGCUGGACAGUGAUGGUUUAAGGAUCAUGUUGCUGCUUUGGCUUUCCAAAGAAGAUAAAAUUAGCAGAACUUGCACUCAAAGAAGCCUUCUGAAUUAUAAGCAGGAGUUUGUUUUUUUAAUUAAAUGAUUCUUGAUUGACUGCUCAAUGUAUGACUUGUUCUGCUGUAACAGUGUUUGCAAGCAGACCCAAAACUGUUGGGCAUCAUACUCUAAACAAUAUGUAAAAUGGGUCAAAGAACAAACUGUGUCUUCCUUUCACCGUUAAGAAAGGAUACGACUUCCAUCUGUUUUGUCUUUAAAAAAAUGUUUUGAAUACAAAAAAGCAUUGUUUAGCUACAAAAGGGUAAGUUAACAAAAUAAAAUGUUUAUAAGAAA